AUCUAUUACCACGGAGAACCCAUCAGUGUCAACGUUCACGUCACCAACAACACAAACAAGACCGUGAAGAAGAUGAAGAUCUCAGUGCGACAGUACGCAGACAUCUGCCUCUUCAACACAGCUCAGUACAAAUGUCCCGUGGCCACCGAAGAGUCAGAUGACGUCGUCGCUCCCAGUUCAACCUUCUGUAAAGUCUUCACGCUCACGCCGUUUCUCGCCAACAACCGAGAGAAAAGAGGCCUCGCUCUGGACGGGAAGCUGAAGCACGAGGACACCAACCUGGCGUCCAGCACACUGUUGAGAGACGGAGCCAAUAAGGAGGUCCUCGGUAUCAUCGUCUCGUACAAAGUCAAGGUGAAGCUGGUGGUGUCUCGCGGAGGGCUCCUGGGAGACCUGGCAGCGAG